AUGAGAACGUACCUCAGAGACUCCAGAACGUUUUUGUUCCUCAACGCGAAGAUCAAGUCUUUGUUUGGGCAAAGAAAAAAGCCGGCAAGAAUCGCGUGGACGACGGCGUAUAGAAAAGAGCACAAAAAAGACCAAUCGACGGUUGUGAAGCAAAAGAAGAGAAAGAUCAACAAGAACGCGAGUAAGCGAUCGUACGUCAGCGCGUCUUUGGAAGUUUUGACGAAGAAGCGCCAGGAAAAGCCGGACGUUCGCGCCGCGGCGAGAGCGCAAGCGUUGAGAGAAAUCAAGGAGAGAAACGCCAAGAAGAAGGGCGGGAAGAAGUAA